AUGGCUCCCCUUACGAACGAUAGCAAGUCUAAUUUCCAAGGCGCCGGUCACGUACUCGGUCCAGCCCGUGAUAGUGUCGAAGCUCCUCGAUCUACCAAAACGGACGCACAGGCUCGUCUGGAUGACUUCAUUCGUGAUGGCGUCGAAGGCGAUAAGUGGACGCACAAUAAAGCUCUUCAGGCCGACUUGGAGGUGUGGGAGAAUUAUCGUCGGAAUCUGCGCCUCCGCAGACUCGAGCCGGAAGAGCUGCGGGAGCUGGACCUCGAGGCUCGUUGUGCCAUCGAAGAAUCGAAGCGCAAGCACGAUGAAGCCCUGGAGAGCGACUUGAUGAUGUGGGAGAGGUACCGCCAGAACCCGCGCUUCAUCAUGAUUCGGAAGAAUGGAGACUUGUGGAAGCCCAGUGUCGGAGAAGGCAGAGCAAAAGAAAGCGGCGAUGAGGCCUAA